AGUAGCUACCCGCCCUCUUCCUUGCUGCCCCUUUAUUUAUUUAUUUUUCUUUUCUUUUCUUUCUUUCUCUCUUGUAAGUUACGUUAUUUUUUGUUUAAUUUAGUUAAACACAGGUGGUUGCGUACGCAGAACAAUGGCGCCAUCUACAGGUCAUUCGCCUCCAACAGCGUUUUUGCUUUGACAGGACACCUUUUUGUCUACGUCCGGCUUCCGUAGCUCCCUCCUUUCCCCCUGUGUCUGCUUCCCUCCCCGUCAUAGUGACAGCAUGGGUUCUUUCACAAACUUUAUGUCAAUGUUUUAGCGUUAGUUUGUCCCUGUUCUGGAUUAACGGCUGUUUCCCGGAUUCCUUCACCCACCGAGACCCCAUGUUUACCACCACCGGGUCCCGAGGCCUCUACAAGGCUCCUCUGUCCAAAAGCCUUCUGCUGGUCCUCAAUGGACUCACUCUGAUGCUGAUUCUUCUGCCUCAGUACCAGGAAUUCUUCAUCUACAACCUGCAGGCUCUCACCCAGCAGAAGCAGGUGUGGCGGUUGUUGUGUGGAAGACUCGUCUGUCUCGACGUGAAGGACUCCUUCUGCAGUAGUCUGCUGAUUUACAACUUUAGGAUUUUUGAGAGGAGGUUCGGCACCAGGAAGUUCGCUUCCUUCUUGUUGGGCUCUUGGUGUCUCUCUGCCCUCACAGACUUUCUGUUGGUUCAGGCUUUCCAGCAUCUGUUUGACUAUGAAGUGGAAGAACUUCCUGCUGGACUGCUUGCUCCAGUGUUUUCUCUGUUUGUGCCUUUCUACCUGUCAAUACCCAGAAUGCCCGUCACCCAAAUACUGGGUCACAUCCACAUCACCAACAAAUCUCUGGUGUAUAUUGUUGGCUUGCAGCUCCUGACCUCCAGCCCCUUCAUGUGGCUCCUUGCUCUUAGUGGACUGGUCUCAGGCGGACUCUACUUGUCCAAUAUCUUGUGGCUCCAGAAGAUUCUCUUCGUUCCUGCAUGGCUGUCCCGUAUCGCCCGGUACAUUCUGGAGCCGAUCUUCUCAAGCUCUCAGCCGAACAAUGAGACUCCUGUGGGGAUGGGGGCCACUCUGGACAUCCAGAGGCAGCAGAGGAUGGAUCUGCUGGACCAGCAGCUGCUCCUGGCCCAAUACAACGAGGCCAGAAGGAACGCCAGACCCCAGCCUCAGGCGGGGCUAUUACAGUGGACCCGGCUGUUCCCCUCGCUGAGGCACCGCGGGCAGAACGGACCCCCAAUGCAGCCCCAACCUCAGGCUCAGACGCAGCAGUCCGCUCCGCCGCCAUCACUGAACAACUCUCCUGUCGCAGAGGAGCAGGUCGCACGGUUAGUAGAAAUGGGUUUCUCCAGAACGGACGCCCUGGAGGCCCUCAGAGCUUCAAACAACGACAUUAAUAUGGCCACUAACUUCCUCCUCCAACACUGAAGAACUCAGAGACGGAAUGGUAAUCGACACCAAAUGUAAUCAUAAACGGAUAAAGCAGAAAUAAAAAAGUGGAGAGUAUGAUGGGAAUGCUGCAGCGUUUGGCUGAAACAGCCUGAGCCGAGGCGGUCGUAUGGUUGAUGGGGACGUGUGAAGCUGGUGCAGUCGGAGGCGGGCGCUGAUGCUCCAGGGGAAGAAGUUGAAGCUCCAACUCCCAGGUUUGCCCUUCAUACGAACACCGUUCGAUUGAAUACCGUUCUGUGCAUCCUCAUGUGAUAUAGUCGCACUUCCAAAUGGAAAAAAAACACAAAUUACAAGAAAAUGUGUCUAAAUUUAAACAUUUUAACUGGAUGCUCUUUUUGUCGGAGACUUAACUCCUAACAGAACCUCUAAACUUCAUUGACUCGAGUGCGAUUUUAACAUUCUCGGUUUUCGCCGUACUUUCUGGAGCUUUCUGCUUGGACUCACCUGUGCAGGUACGUCGCCGCGGCUGCAGGGUAGACGGGCUUUCUCAGGGCCGCUCGUUCAGACACAUUUUGAAGUCCGGGGAAAGCGUUUUUGUUUCUCUCUGCCGUCUUAAUGGAGCCGUCGCAGCACUCCUGGUUUAACCAUCGAAGUCUUAACGGUUGAUAUUUAUUAUGCAAUAUCAAGAUGAGAAAUGAACGGAAACUAUGCACUACAUAGUGUAAGAGAAGUAAUAUUACAGCCACUGUGUACUGAUGUCGAAGACAAAUGCUAGUUUUAUAUUUUGCCUGUAACAAUAAUAUACGUCCACUGAAACGAGUCAUUUGUGUGUAUAUAAUUUUGAGAAUAUUGUAAUUGUGGGUGUGAUGAGGAAGUUGUUGCAUGGACGACUCUCGGAUGAACUCCAAACAAUCGGUGGAAUAAAUGGACUUCCUGAUGAAAACUCUUA